AUGCGCCCUGAAGCCGCCAGACAAGGUGCUGCUAACUCAGAAGCAGCUUGUGGCCAGCUUGCUGAAGGACAAUCAGGUUCUCAAUGGCCCUGGCAAGUCAGCAUUCUUCGAGACAGCAAUCCUAUUUGUGGAGGCUCCCUCAUUGCUGAGCAAUGGGUGCUGACAGCAGCUCACUGCUUCUUUGGAUUCAUGUACCCUUCCCAAUACGAUGUGAUGCUGGGUGCCUAUCAGAUCAACAGGCCCAUGAAUACUGUGGUAAAAUCGAAAGUGAAACAGAUUAUCUCCCACCCUGACUUCAGUGGUAGAGUCAGUUCCAGUGAGGAUAUCGCAUUACUUAAACUUGUGUCCCCUGUGAAAUUCACUGACUACAUCCUCCCUGUCUGCCUGCCGCACUCUUCGAUACAAUUCUCUAUGGACGCAGAUUGCUGGGUCACUGGAUGGCAAGCUUCUCAAGAAGUUGUAGGGUUGCCACCCCCAUUGAUUCUCAAGGAAGUGAAGGUGCCACUGAUAAACCAAACGGACUGCAAUACUUUCUAUAACAGUCACCUAGUUCAAGGCCUGACCAUUGAUUCGAUUAUGCCUGAUAUGGGUUGUGCUGGUUACCCAGAAGGUGGAAAUGGCACCUCCAAGGGUGACUCGGGAGGACCCUUGGUUUGCAAACUCAAAGGAGGUUGGACCCAGGCAGGAAUUCUGAGUUGGGGAGUACCAUGUGGCCGACCCAACUAUCCUGGUGUCUACACUUCAGUGGCUUUCUAUGACAAAUGGAUCAAAGAGACGAUGGAUAAUGGGAAGAACAUUGGACUGCAAAAUACCCCUGCUGUGAUAUUCCUCUUGAUGUCUCUUGCAAUAGCUCUCCUGUGA